GUGGCCUGCAAUCAUGUUGCAGUGGCUGAAUUGUUUCUUUUCCAUGUGAAAAGUUGAUCUUCUGACACUGUUCCCCUAGUUAGUCUACUUUGUGUUCAGUGAGAGAUCCCACAAGCGUGUGUGACAUUCUCAGCCCUGAUGUCUAUAUAGCCCCCAGGCUUGUGCGGUUGUCAUCAUCUUUUGCUUUCCUGCUGCUGUCAUGGCCCUGCUGAGAGUGUCAUCGUACCGUAAGCUGUUUGAGGAGGAGCAGUGGAGCCAGGCUGCAGGACGCUGUGGAGUCCAGGCCCGCUCCGCUGCCAGUCUGUUUGACAGGGGUAGAGUUUCUGAGAGGGAAUGUCCCGAGCUGGAUUUUGCUGCAGCUCGUGCCCUAAACAAGGAGGGUGUGGCUCGAUUUGUCAGUGAGCGCUCUGUCAUCGCUGCCCUCAACGAUCGCCUGGCCGGCCUCAUCAAUGUGGUUCGGUCUCUAGAGGAGGAGAAUGAAUCUCUUGAGGCUGAAAUCAUUGAGCUGGAAGAGAGACUAGAGUCAGAGCAGAUCACCACCACCGUCAGCAUCAGCAGCCCUGCCGACUACAGCCUGGAGGCUGUGAUAGAGAGGAUACGGAAAGAAAAGGAGGAGAUUUUACAUAACACAGAGGAGCUGAAGGGUGAGCUGUGGCGUCUGCAGAUGAAAUAUGAUCAGGUGGUUGAGCACAAGACUCUCAUCCUGCAAGAGCGAGAAGAUGUUUCUUUGGAGGUGGAUGCAAUUACCACUGACUGCCUAGCCCUUCGAGAGCAAGUGGCCAUCUAUGAGGAGCAGCUGGCCGCCAUGGAGAGGCAGCACCAAAUGAGACUGGAGAAGGUGUGUGAGCCCAGGCCUCUGGAUGAAGGUUUUCCUGCUGUAUCCCUGCAGUUCCCAACCUUUGAUAUCACUCCAGCCAUCAUGGACAUCAAGGAGUACUACAGCGAGCUGGCUGAGAGCCUCACGUUUGAGUCCGCUGCCGCCAUUGAUGCUGCAGGAAAGGGGAAGGAGGAGCAGCUGGCUAAGUUGACUGGAGGGAAAGUGAAGGACAUCUCCAAAGAGACUGACGUGAAUGUCCUCAAGAACUUGAUUGCAGAGCUGCAGAAUGCGGUGGCAGAGCUGGAGAAGCAUGAAGAUGAGUUGGAGGCUGAAAUAGAAGCCAAGAAAGCCAAAUACCUGGAGGAGAUAGAAGAGCUGAAGAAUUACAUUUGUCAGCUGGAGGAGGAGGAGGCUGAACUUCAGUUCCAGAUAAAGGAUCAAAGUGGGGACUAUGAAGAACUGCUACAUCAGAAGAUGAAUCUAGACAUAGAGAUUGCUGCUUACAGGGGUUUGGUUGAAGAAGAGGUGGAGAGACUGGGCUGCUUGUAAGAUGCAAGAAUGGGAUGCUCUUCUCUGGACUGAAGCAGACACAAAGAAACGCUAACGCUAACCACAUACAGUUCAACCCUUAACAAUGAGUCUCACAAAUCAGGAUAGUAAAGAAAACAGCUGUCAGACACACUUAACCUUCUGAGCAGAUGUAAAGCUUCACUGACAGAUGAACUUCAGGGAGUGUGUGCAAGCUCAUUGAUAACGGGUCAGUGGCAGGUAACCCGGGGUCUUCAAGAAACACUGGAUCUGUGCAGCAGUGGGAGUGUUGGGGGGUUUUUCAGCACAGGAAUCUUCUACUUGCAGUUUCAUCACUGAUCACUGAACAUACAUGCACUAUACUGUCAAAAAGUUUGGGAUAAGUAAGAUUUAUUUUUAAAGAAAUUAAGACUUUUGUUCAGCAGGGAUGCAUUAAAUUGAACAAAAGUGACAGUAAAAGGCAUUUGUAAACUUACAAAACAUUUUUAUUUACAAAAA